AUGUGCGACACCAAGAAGACGCUGGAUGUCGGGGGCAAUUGUAUUUUGGAAAUGCCUUCUGGUACCGGUAAGACUAUUAGUCUGUUGUCGCUGACUGUGGCUUACCAGAUGCAUUACCCAGAACAUAGAAAGAUUGUGUAUUGCUCUCGUACCAUGACCGAGAUCGAAAAGGCUCUUGAGGAGUUGAAGAAUCUCAUGGCGUUUCGUGCUAAGGAAUUGGGAUAUGUAGAAGAUUUUCGUGGCCUGGGAUUGUCGAGUCGUAAGAAUUUGUGUCUUCAUCCAAGUGUCAAACGGGAACGAAAAGGUGCUAUUGUCGACGAAAGAUGUAGAAGCAUGACCAAUGGUAUCUCCAAAAGCAAGAUUGAGGCCGGUGAUACCAGAGCUCAGUUAUGCGAGUAUCAUGAGAACUUGUAUGAGUUAGAGCCUCAUAACUUGAUUCCUCCUGGUGUUUAUACAUUUGAGGAUCUUCUGAAAUAUUGUCAGGAACGACGUACAUGCCCUUAUUUCACGGUGCGAAGAAUGAUGUCUUUUUGCAAUAUUGUCAUUUAUUCAUAUCAUUAUUUAUUAGACCCCAAAAUUGCCGAAAGAGUUUCUAAAGAACUGUCUAAAGAUUGCAUUAUCAUUUUUGACGAGGCACACAACAUUGAUAACGUCUGUAUUGAAGCGUUGAGUGUGGAUAUAACGGAGGAUUCUUUGCGGCGGGCUGCCCAUGGUGCCGCUUCGUUGGGUAGAGCAGUUGACAACGUUAAAGUCAAUGAUGCAGAAAAACUGCAAAAUGAGUAUCAAAAACUAGUAGAGGGACUUCGAGAGGCUGAAGUGGCUAGAGAAGAGGAUCUGUUCAUGUCUAAUCCUGUAUUACCCGACGACUUGCUUUCUGAGGCAGUUCCUGGUAACAUCCGUCGUGCUGAGCAUUUCGUAGCGUUUUUGAAACGGUUUAUUGAAUAUUUGAAAACUCGUAUGAAGGUGUUACAUGUUAUAUCGGAAACGCCCAACUCGUUUCUUAAGCAUUUGAAGGAGUUGACUUAUAUCGACAAGAAGCCGCUGCGAUUCUGUUCUGAAAGAUUAAACUCACUAGUUCGUACUUUAGAACUGACAGAAAUCGAGGACUUUACAGCUCUUAAAGAAAUUGUCACUUUUGCAACUCUUGUGUCCACUUAUGAAAAGGGAUUUAUUCUGAUAUUGGAACCGUUUGAAACUGAACAAGCCACUGUUCCCAAUCCAAUUCUCAGAUUUGCAUGUUUAGACGCCUCAAUUGCCAUGAAACCGGUGUUUGACCGGUUCAGCUCGGUUAUUAUCACCAGUGGUACCAUUUCUCCUUUGGAUAUGUAUCCACGAAUGCUCAACUUUGAUACUGUGAUCCAAGAAUCAUAUACAAUCACAUUGGCAAGACGAUCUUUCCUACCCAUAAUUGUCACCAAGGGGUCUGACCAAGUUGCUAUCUCGACACGAUUCCAAAUUCGAAAUGACCCCAGUGUCGUUCGUAACUACGGUAAUCUUCUUAUUGAAUUCUCGAAGCUGACUCCCGACGGUUUGGUGGUGUUCUUUCCUAGUUAUCUGUAUAUGGAGAGUAUUAUUAGCAUGUGGCAAACAAUGGGUAUCUUGGAUGAGGUGUGGAAGUACAAGCUUAUUCUCGUUGAGACCCCUGAUGGUCAAGAGACUGCUUUAGCUUUAGAAACGUAUCGUACUGCAUGUUCAAACGGUCGUGGAGCGGUUAUGUUCUGCGUAGCCCGUGGUAAAGUUAGUGAGGGAAUCGAUUUUGAUAACCAGUACGGCCGAACCGUAUUGAUGAUUGGUGUGCCUUUCCAAUAUACAGAGUCGCGUAUUCUUAAAGCUCGUCUAGAGUUUCUCCGAGAGAAUUUCCGAAUCAAAGAAAAUGAUUUCUUAUCUUUCGACGCUAUGCGACACGCUGCACAAUGUUUAGGACGUGUUAUUCGAGGAAAGGAAGACUACGGAAUCAUGGUGUUGGCAGACCGACGAUUUGCUAAGAAACGUACUCAGCUUCCGAAAUGGAUCAAUGAGGCCAUUUUGGAUGCUGAUGUGAAUAUGUCGACAGACAUGGCUGUGGCAGCCGCUAAGAAGUUUCUCCGUACUAUGGCCCAACCGCUUGAUCCCGCAGAUCAAAAAGGAGUUAGUGUUUGGGAUAUCAAUGAUCUCCAGGCUCAUCAACAGGAACUAACCGGAGUCAAAGGCAAGCGGAUAGAAGAGGUAACUAACAAGCCGGAACAUGACGAUCAGAUGGAUGUUGAUUUUGAUGAUGAAGGAAUUGAUGAUGAAGGAAUUGAUGAUUCUGAACUUCUAAAUUUAUAG